AAAAAACCGAAGGAGGUGAGCGAAUCAGCUCCAAAAUUAACUCUCUAUAAAUACGAAGAAGGACAAUUAUUUCAAAUUUCAAGAGUAGAAUUGAAUUAUUCUGAUAUGUAGAGAUUUAAUUGCACUGGAGUAUAACUUCAGGGAUUCAUCCGCACCUUUUGCCCCUGAGAUAUUUAAUAUGUGACAGCGAGUGCCACCAUCACAGGGACGAAAUUUCCAAACUCACCGAAGAUAAUCGAUCUGUUAGCCAUCAUCAAGCAGAUGAGGUUUUUGACUAGAUCAAAUAUUGUGGAGCAAGUUUAUUCCUAGUCUAUGUCAUCUUCGACUUUGAGCAAUAUAAAUUAACACUGCCCCAUUUCAACAACAAACAAGGGUGAAUUGGUUUGCAGUUUAAUAUACAAAAAUAAGAAUAGUAAAAAUAAUUGAAGGAUGUGCUACGAGGUGAAAUGCUCGAGUUGCGGCAAGACUAGCUGGGGAGGUUGUGGAAGGCAUGUCCCUUCUGUUUACAACCGUAUCCCUCAAGGCCAACACUGUCUUUGCCGUGCUUGGCCUGGUGUCGAUCCUAAUAAUCCUAACGCUCAUGCGGCUCAAUCCUCUUCCUUUUGCACCGUACUUUGAUUUUUCUUCGAUCUCUGUUCCUUCUGUUUCGCGAGUGCUUUUCCUUUUCUUAAAUGUUUGUACCUAUUGAUCAAGAUCGUGUUGUUGUUGUAAUAAUUGUUGCUCAUCGCUGCUUCUCUCUGUAAUUUCAAUAAAGCUUUAUCUUAAUUUCUGCCGAUUUUCUUGGAUUUAUUUUCUUAAUUACUGAUUAUGUGAUUGCUAAAACAUUGCAAAGACGACGCGUCGUUCAUUCUUAUGUCAUGCUUUCAUUUCUAAGAUAGCGGCAGAUACCGUUUCCACGUCAACAUAAAAGGAUAGUCGUGUAAGAAAAAAUCAAGUAAAGCUUUUGAACGACCGGUUUAUACAUAGGCGACAAGGGUAGAUUGUCCAUACACAAAUUAAAUUCAAUAAAACUCGCCCAAAAACUCCAAAAUGUUUAGAUGACACUUCAAUCAAGUAAAAUGACACUCGUCCCACAUAAUCAGAAUUUGCGUACAAACGCAACUUCUUUGUGCAAGAAUCUGAAUUCCCUGUAAAACCAAAGAGCUUCUUCUUCUUCUUCAUCGUCGUAGAGAUGGCAAACGCUAAACUCUUAUUGCCAAGGACUUACCAGAAUCAUAUUUGCUUCACUACAAAUAGCGAUCUACUAAACUUCUCUUCGUCUCUCAACAAGGUACACGAUCAGCUCCAUUUGGCGCCGUCCAGGCAUGCCAUGGUCACUCGUCUAACAGUGAGGAUCCGAGCCACUCCAUCAGAUACUCAAAGCAGAACAUCUGAAUUGGCUAAUGACAUUAGGUGGGAUAAGGACGACCUUGGAUUUGAUACUGUGCCCACCGACUUUAUGUAUGUAAUGAAAUGUUGUGAAGGAGGUGACAAGUUUUCAGAUGGUGAGUUACUGCUCUAUGAGAAGAUUGAAUUGAAUCCAUUCUCUUCUGUCUUGAACUAUGGUCAGGGAAUAAUUGAAGAUUUGAAAGCAUUCAAGAAAGAAGAUGACUCUACAAUUUUAUUAUUCCGCCCUGAGGCAAAUGGUUUGCGAAUGAGAGUGGGAGCAGACAGAUUAUGCAUGCCUUCGCCAACUAUUCAUCAGUUUGUAGAAGCUGUAAAACUUACUGCCUCGGCUAAUAGACGAUGGGUUCCCCCUCAAAAUAAAGGCUUCUUACACAUCCGACCGCUGCUUAUAGGCAGUGGAAAUGUUCUUAGUCUUAUACCCUCUACUGAAUUCAUCUUUUUGAUUUAUGUUAAUCCAGUUACAAAUUAUUUUGAGAGCGGAGAAGAACCAAUCAAUCUGGUGGUUGAGAAUGUAAUUCAUCGUGCAGUUCCUGGUGGCGUUGGAAGCACAAAAGCUAUAGGAAACUAUGCUAUGGUUGCAAAGGCACAAGCUGCAGCUAAAGCAAAUGGUUAUCACGAUGUUCUAUACCUUGAUGCAGUUCAUAACAAAUAUCUGGAACAAAUUACCACUGCUAAUAUUUUUCUUGUGAAGGACAAAACAAUAUGUACUCCAGCACUGAGAGGAACAAUUCUACCAGGAAUAACACGGGAAAGUAUCAUUGAUAUUGCUCGUGGCCAAGGAUUUCAGGUCGAGGAGAGACUUGUUUCAGUUGAGGAACUGUUUAGUGCUGAUGAAGUUUUUUGUACGGGAAACACAAUUGGUUUAUUUCCUGUAGCUAGCAUAACUUAUCUCGGUGAAAGGCUGUCAUACAAGGGUGGUGGCCUGGGAACCAUAUCCCAACAGCUCUGCUCUGCACUUAGUAAUAUACAGAAGGGCAUUUCAGAAGAUAAAAUGGGAUGGACUACUGUCCUGAAGCAGGAAGAGUAGUGACCACAAUAACCGACUACUCUGCAAAAUAUUAAUAUUUGAUGGGCUAAAAAGUAAAAAAGUAGUUUAGUUGUCUAGAUAUUACCUGCUAUUGUAUCUAAUAUUUAUGUGUUUAAACUUGGAAAGGACGAUGGGCAUCAUUAACAUGUAGCUUUUUAGAUUUAAACAA